UAAAACUCUCAUGGCUUCUCCCCCACAUGUGCCAAGAUGGACUCCAAGCCCAAGCCCAGCAAAGAAUCCCCACCCUCGGCCAGCCGAGGAAGAUGACAUAGAGAUGCAUGGCUCCAGGACCGGCGUCGAUGCUCCGGGAAGCAUCGACAGGUCUUUCCCUUUCAGUGGUAAAUUUAAUCCUCCAUCACCUUUGCACCCUAGCUUCCACAACGGCAGCCAAGAAGAAGUCAACGGCUUGCCGGAAAUGGAAGUGGUCAAGGUGUCCUUCGAAGAGAAGGUGCCGAGUUCUGGUGUAAUCGUAGGCCAUGAAGACCUCGAGAGCAACCGGAAAAAUCGUGGUAUCUCCCUCACCUGGAAAGAUCUCUGGGUCUCAGCAUCCGAUGGCAAAGGCGGGCGCGCACCGAUCCUCUGUGGUCUCAAUGGUUACGCCAAGCCCGGUGAGAUCUUGGCCAUCAUGGGACCUUCUGGUUGUGGCAAGUCCACCCUUUUAGACACGCUUGCAGGAAGAUUAGGAUCCAACGUGAGUCAAAGUGGAGAAAUUCUGAUCAAUGGCCAGAAACAGAAGCUUGCAUUUGGGACAUCAGCUUAUGUGACUCAAGACGACGUAUUGAUGACGACGCUUACCGUCAGAGAAGCUGUGUACUACUCGGCACAACUCCAGCUGCCGGACUCCAUGUCAAGGAAGGAGAAGAGAGAGAGGGCGGAGGAGACGAUCCGGGAGAUGGGGUUGGGAGGUGCGAUGGAUACGAGGAUAGGGGGAUGGGCAUCCAAGGGCAUCAGCGGUGGUCAGAAGAGGAGGGUGAGCAUCUGCAUGGAGAUUCUCACCAGGCCUGAGCUCCUCUUCCUCGACGAGCCAACCAGCGGCCUCGACAGCGCCGCCUCCUACCACGUCAUGGAGAGGAUCGCCAGCCUCGCCCGCCGGGAGGGGAUGACGGUGGUCGCCGCCAUCCACCAGCCCAGCAGUGAAGUGUUCGAGCUCUUCCAUGGCCUUUGCCUCCUCGCUUACGGCAAGACAGUUUACUUUGGACGAGCUGCAGCGACCAGCGAGUUCUUUGCUUUGAAUGGCUUCCCCUGUCCACCUCUUCGAAAUCCUUCAGACCAUUUCCUCAGGACGAUCAACAAAGACUUCGAAAAGGACAUCGAAGAAGGCCCUGACGUUAACCCAAUAACCACUGCUGAAGCAAUUGAGAUUCUUGUGAAAUCUUACAAAUCCUCCACUAUUUCACAGCAAGUAGUUCAACAAAUUGCAGAGAUAAGUGAAAUGGGUGGAGCUCUGGUGAAGAAGGGAAGUCAGGCUAGCUUCUUAACUCAGUCCCUGGUCCUUACGAGCAGGUCCUUUGUGAACAUGUAUAGGGACUUGGGCUACUACUGGCUGCGAUUUGCUAUUUAUAUCGCACUUUGCCUUUGUGUAGGCACUAUAUACUAUGAUGUUGGCCAUUCUUAUGGUUCAAUUCAGGCCAGAGGUUCCAUGCUCAUGUUCACAGCUGCCUUCCUGACUUUUAUGGCAAUAGGAGGCUUUCCAUCCUUUGUGGAGGACAUGAAGAUCUUUGGACGAGAAAGAUUGAAUGGACACUAUGGUGUCACCGCAUUCGUGAUCGCCAAUACUCUUUCUGCUACUCCAUACUUGGCUCUCAUCUCUGUAGCACCAGGGGCCAUGGCCUACUACCUAGUUGGCCUUCAGAGGAGAAUAGAUCACUUUGCCUACUUUGCUCUAGUGCUGUUCAUGUGCAUGAUGCUAGUUGAGGGCUUGAUGAUGAUCGUCGCAAGCAUCGUCCCAGAUUUCCUGAUGGGCAUCAUAACCGGGGCUGGAAUUCAGGGAGUGAUGAUGCUGAAUGGUGGCUUCUUCCGGUUGCCCGACGAUCUCCCUAAGCCUGUGUGGCGGUACCCGAUGUACUACAUUGCCUUCCAUACAUAUGCUAACCAAGGCUUCUACAAGAAUGAGUUCUUGGGUCUAACUUUCCCCAACGACCAAGCAGGAGGGCCUCCCACCAUUAGUGGUGAAGAGAUCCUGAGAGAUAUUUGGCAAGUUGAAAUGAGCUACUCCAAGUGGGUUAAUCUCGCCAUCUUAUUCGGCAUGGUCAUUCUAUAUCGGAUCUUGUUCUUGGUGAUUGUAAAGAUCACUGAGAAGGUUAAGCCCAUGAUUAAAGCUCUACUUGUUAAGCCUCCAGUGAAAUCCAUCCAUGUUCUGGAGCAACCAUCAGCUGAACUGCGCAAGAAGAGUACCAAAGACAAAAAUGGUUUCCUGUGAUCUUAUAUAAUUAGAUUGAAUCUCUUUCCUACCUUAUGAGAGGGAACAUAUAUAUCAGGCAGUGUAUAAUUAUGUUUUGCAUUAGUGUACUGUAGUAAAUUAAGGCAGUUUUUAUGAAUGGAUUCACAUGCAAGAACAGGCAGUUUUUAUGAA